UUGACGUUGGGAUCGGAUACGGUUGUCUUGUCUGUCGAGUGUUCUGAGAUUUGUUGACAUUGUAAAUCCAAGUAAAGUAAUGUUUAUGGUAUUUUUGACAGUGAGCCAAGCACCAUGAUGGUGUUGUAGUUUAGUCGAGGUCGAAGUUGUGGGUCGUUUCAAUUAGGGGAUGCAAACUAUUUCAGUGAACUUGUCAAGUGUUUGAUAUAGGACCGCCCCAUAUUAUGAUCAUGCCUUGUCUUUGAAAAUAUUUGCUCGUUGUCAAAAACGUCUUAAAUUUGUAUACACUUACAAUUAUUAUUUUUGUACGCCAGAGUAAAGGGGUGAAUAUCAUGGAAUGAUGUAGGGUGUAAUGCACGGAGAACACAUGAUUCUAAGCCGGCAGAUUUCAAUCAACAGUUUUAUCGACACAUGGUGCGGGUAACCAGGCCAUGGCGCUGAGCCUUGCUGCGCUGCGCCGACGACACAUCCUCUUCGUUCUCAUCCUAGUCUUCAUUCCGUGCAGCAUCUUCGUGCUGUUUUCUCAGCCAGAUAUGACUCAGGAACAAGCUGUGGUGCAGAGGAUAGCAGAGUUACAGUUGAAGUUGCAGCAUCUGGAAGCCAUGUACAGAGAGAGGGAAGAAGAUGUGCACGUGCUGACACAGCAACUAGGUCAGCUGCUGAUGGAGACGGUACCUCCUGGUGGUAACCUCAGCACUUCACUGCCUCUGCAGCUUAGUCCUGAGGCUCGUACAUUGCUGAGGAACAUGACAGGACUGAGGCCGGGUGGAGGAGAUGCUGCACAAGUGCUGAGACUACCCUCUGCGUACCACUUCCUGCCACAUCUACUGCUGAGUCCAUCCAGUCUACGGCCUGCUAUCAGCAUAUCCAGGGGACGGUCUGGAGUGUCUGUCGUGCUGGGGAUCCCCACAGUCAAGAGAGAAGUCCAAAGCUACUUGUUGGCAACCUUGCAGAACAUCCUGGACAGUAUGACACAGGAAGAGGAAGAGGACGUCGUCAUUGUGGUCUUCAUAGCUGAGACUGAUGAAGAAUAUGUAAAUCAAGUUGCAAAUGAAGUUAGAGACCACUUUGUAGAGGAGGUGGAGACUGGGCUGAUAGAGAUCAUCGCUCCUACAGCAUCUUAUUACCCUGACUGGAACAGCCUGAGGGUUACUCUUGGGGACUCCAAGGAGAGGGUGAAGUGGAGAUCCAAGCAGAACCUUGACUUUGCCUUCCUGAUGAUGUAUGCCCAGCCCAAGGGUAUGUUCUACAUACAACUGGAGGAUGAUAUUUUGGUCAAGCCACAGUUUGUUACUACAAUGAAGACUAUUGCUCUGGAGCGAAUAGCCAACAAGCAACAUUGGUUCGUCUUAGACUUCUGCCAGCUGGGUUUCAUAGGUAAAAUGUUUCGCUGUGUUGAACUGCCUUGGCUAAUCCAGUUCUUCUUCAUGUUCUACAAUGACAAACCAGUGGAUUGGCUGCUAGACCAUGUCAUCCACACAAAGGCUUGCAACUUAGAAAAAGACAAUAAACAAUGCAAGAAAGACAAAGAAGAACUUUGGAUUCACUAUAAACCCUCGUUGUUUCAACAUAUUGGUACUUACUCCUCUCUGAAGGGGAAGGUACAAAAGCUCAAGGAUAAGCAGUUUGGUAAGGUGAAUCUGUUCACUCCACACAGCAACCCCGAUGCGGAGGUGGCUACAGAGAUCAAGGCAUACAAGCAGUACACUCUCAAGCGAGCGUAUGAGGGUGAGACGUUCUUCUGGGGCCUUCUACCACAGCCGGGCGACCACCUGGUCUUCUCUUUUAAGGCGCCGCUUUAUAUUAAAAAAUAUGUGUUCCGCAGCGGAAACGCUGAACAUCCGUCUGACAAACUUUACAACACCACAGUAGAAGUGUCCCCGGUGAGGAUGCCGGCAAACUACGACACUUACAACACUACUUCGGAUGGUUACGUCAUCAUAGGCAAGUUUGACAAUUUGGGGGUUGCAGAGGGUAUAGUUCCUAGGAUUCUUGGGCCCAUCAAACACCUGAGAUUAACUGUUCAUAGCGAAACAGAAAACUGGGCCAUUCUCAGUGAGAUAUCCAUCACCCCAGAUCUUGGCAGAUGACACCACAUGACUGGCUACAGACGCCCUCACUCCUGAUGUGCCAUCUUGACAACAACCAUCUCAACGGCUUUUCAACUUAAUAACUAAGGGUCUGCGGGUCCCUGAUAUUUUUGGGUAGGGCCAAAAGUUAGCCCAAGAAGUUGGUUGGGGCGGGUCAAGCUUUGGUCGAGUUAAGCACUUCUUUUUGUGAAAGCAUCUUCGAAGAUGCGCGAUAGAAAAUUUACAAUUUCUCUGUGAUUUUGGAAGAUGUUCACAAUUUCUCAUUGAUUGUAGAAGAUGAUGUUCAUGAUGUGGUUUGACCCCAUAAGAUUGUCACAACUUUGUCAGGUACAGAGAAAAUAUUGACGAUUGAUGAUAUAGGGAAUAACAAGUUCAAUAUUUUAUAAGCCAAAUGAAGCACUACAAAUAAUUAACUAAUGUUUAAAAAAAAUUAAAAAAGAGCUAUACUAAAACCAAAGUUUUUCUUUGGCUAAAAAUGAAAGCUAGUAAAAUAGUUAAAUUCAACUCACUCUCAUUAUUUUUUUUUAUAUUUUAUUGUGAAUUUUCUAUACUGGGAAUAAGCUAUUUGUUCUUCACAAUUGAUCCCCUUAACCCGAGAGCCAAAAUUGUCAAACCGACCCGACCCAAAGUAAAAAGUCCUGGCCCGCAGACCCCUAUUGAAAAUGUGAUUAAUAUAAUAAUUUAAGAAUCGUAACUGAAAUUUUAUAUUUUUACUACGCUGCUAAGCAGCAAUGUCAGACGGA